GUAAAUACCAAAGACUGACAGGAUGUCUGUGGUGUAGCAGGGCAGAGAACUGGAGUUUCCUUAGUUGUAACUGUGGACUUGGCAGCAAUAACAGAGCGAAGACGGGUAGUCAGAUGCCAUGAUGUGCUGGGCCAGCAGUUGCGAACAGUGAGCCCUGCUCCUGUCAUUGUGGAGGAGAUUCGAUUUCUUUAAUUUUCCAGUGUCACUGGAGAAUCAAAGCAAAAGAGAGCCAUUAUUUGACUUGUCUUUUUCAGAAUCCAUGGUUUCACCUCCUUCCUUCGACUGUGUCCUGCUGUGGCUGCUGCUACUCACAGGGUCUUUGGAAGGGGUAUACGUAGCUGAAGUGGGUCAGAAUGCUGAUCUGCCCUGCACCUACACUCCCAACCCUUCUGAGGAUCCUGUGCCUGUCUGCUGGGGCAGGGGAGCCUGUCCGGUGUUUGAAUGUCAUAGUAUGGUGCUCAGCACAGACGGAAGGAACUUGAAAUAUCAGACAUCCAACAAAUACCAUCUGAAGAGGAGUAUCCACAAAGGAGAUGUGUCCUUGACUAUAGAGAACGUGACUCUAGCCGACAGUGGGAUCUAUUGCUGCCGGAUCCAGUUCCCAGGCCCAAUGAAUGAUAAAAAAUUAAACCUGGAGUUGGUCAUCAAACCAGCCAAGGUCACCUCUGCUCGGACUCCAUGGACAGACUUCACCACAGCCUUUCCACGGGUGCUCACCACCAAGGGACGUGGCACAGAGACUCAGACACUGGAGGGCCUCCAUGAUAAGGAACACACUCAAAUACCCACGUGGGCUACUGAGUUACAAGACGCUGGUGCGACCACUAGAAUGGGAGUCUACAUUGGAGCAGGGGUCUCCGCCGGGCUGGCUCUUCUCCUUAUCACUGGUGCUUUAAUUCUCACAUGGUAUUCUUAUAGCAAAGAGAAGUUACAGAACUCAAGCCUCCUCACUUUGGGCAGCCCCCCUCCCUUGGGGUUAGCAAACACAGGAGCAGAAGGAAUGCGCUCGCAGGAAAACAUCUAUGUCAUUGAGGAGAACAUAUAUGAAAUGGAAGAUCCAUACGAAUACUACUGCUAUGUCAACAACGAGCAGCAAUCCUGACAACCUAGAGGUUUAACCCUUUAAGUGCCACCAGAUCCCACGACGUCAUUUUUGAGCAUAUUGUCAUCUUUGAAAACUAUGAAAUGUGUCAAGUGAUCAGUUUUAGAGACUCUGUCCAUGGCCACCAAGCAGAGUUUUUACACUUUUUGAUGAUAAUUAGCUCCCAGAGGGAGGGAACGGUGACCUGCCCUGCAGUUGGCACAACAUGACUUCUGUGUUUCAGCCAUCAGGGCUACCCAACUCAAAGACUACUAAUUGGGACAUUAUAGCUCAAAUGGGCUUUUAUAUAGAGUAAGAAUUUUUAAUAUGCAGUCCCCGAAAUGCCAGGAAAUUCAGUCACAUGACGGAUCAACAGAGCUCCUGAAAAUAUAGGGAAAAUUAUGUGCUGAGAUACGUGCGUGUCUUUUUGGGGACAGAAAGACAAAAGGGGCCGCUGAUUUUCAAAGAGAUCUGUGAUCUAUAAAAAGUUAAGAAGCUACUGGAGGAGGAGAGAGUCUCGAAUGUUCUCUCUGAGUUUCAAGACUAGUGCUUCUUCUCUGAAUAUUGAUUCUUUAACAGUAAGUACCACUGCAGAGCUCUCCUUUGCCAGUUAGGUAGACUGCCCAGCAGGUCCUGUGGUGUGGCAGGAGCUCCCAGAGAAAAAGGAAGUGGGCCUCCUGUGUGUUGCCAAGUUUUGUCUGGGGUGCACUCAACGGGAAACAUCUCCCAGCAACUUCUCCAUUUAUGGAGAGAACUGGAGCUCUGCUUUUAUAGAAGAAGAAGCGGUAACUGGGACACACAUUCUGGUGGAAAGAAGGCAAAAGGCUCCAACAGUCUAGAUCAGCAUCAAGUUCUUUGAGGGAAAGACUGUGCUUCUUCAGCUUCAAUUUCAAGGUGGUAGCGACUUGGUUUAUUUUACCCAUUUUUUACCUGCCCAGUGCUCUCACACCUCACAGAAAUUUAUUAAACAUCUUUGGAGUGAAAAAAACCUAAGAAAGGUAGCCUUCUGCAAAGUCUUUUCCAUUGUAGGGUUUACAUAGAGCUCUUCCAGAGAGCACACAGAUAGUCCUAAGAUCCCAUAUCUGCCCUUACCUGAUCCCAGGUGGUGUUUGUUUCUUAGCUUCAUUCCCAGCUCAGGCCUUUGGAAGCCUGUUACUCUUUUGUCUGUGUCGCCUUUCUUUUUCUUUUCUUUUCCUUUCUUUUUUCUCUUUUCUUUUUCUUCUCUUUCCCUUUCUCUUCUCCCUCUCUCUCUCUCUCUCUCUUUCACUCUCUCUUUCUCUUUCUUUCUUUCUUUCUUCUUCUUUUUUUUUUUUUUUCUGGAGAGGGGCAGAGGAAAAGGAAGAGAAGGAAUCUUAAGCAGGCUCCACAGCUGGCACGGAGUCCAAUGUGGGGCUUGAGCUCUAAGAUCAUGACCUGAGCUAAAAUUGAGUCAGAUACUUAACCAACCGAACCAUCCAGGUACCCCUGUAUCCCCCUUUCUGCUGAGCCUCCUCAGCACAUAAAUAAUCAACAAUAAAGUCCUGUUGCUGCCUUAAAACUGCUCCUCCCCACGUAAUAAUUAAACGGCUACCAUGCUGUAUGCAGAAAAUGUUGGUCACCAACGAUAUAGGCAGCCUGUUUGUUUCUAGGAAUCUUUCUGACAGUCUUGUGUGAGUUAUAAUGUUCAGGCUGCAUUUAGACAGUUUUGGGAAGUACUGCCUUUCUAUAGGGAGAUAUAUAAGGGAGAUCAUUUUGCAAUGAUAGGCAUUGCAUUGCAUUGAUAGGCAGCAGCUCUCAUACAAGACUAAGAAUUAAUUAUAAGUAUUUUAAAGUUAUGAAAUUCUAGAGGGAAGGGAUUUCAGAACUUAUUGAGAUCGACUCAAUGGUUUCCCCAGCAGAAAGAAAUUCUUAUCCUACAAAAAUCUUUAAACAAGGGUAAUGUAGCCAGGAUGAUCAUUGCAACAGUACUUGUAAGAGACUUUUCACCACCUGGGGAAUCGUUGGUUAUUGUGAUGUCAACAUGCUGGUGCAGUUAAAAAGAAUUAAGUGGUGUUAAUUCAUCACUGAACUGUUUUCCUAAUUCAAUGAAUAUUUAAAUGUCUACUAUAUGCCAGAUGUUCUGGUGCUGAGGUCAUAAAGAGAGACCAAACAGACUUAUCCUUGACCCCACAGAACUCAUUUGAUCUGACAUAAGGUGGAUUCAUUCCAUUCAUUCAGUCAUUGAGCAUUUACUGGUACCUACUUUGUGCCAGACACUGUUCUUCUCUCUAGAAAUACGGCAGUGAGGGAAACGGACAAAAUUCCUGCUCUCAUGGAGUUUAUAUUACUUGUUAGAGGAGAACACUAUAUUGUAAACAAAAGAAAAAAAUUCUGGAACAAUGUAUGUAGUAGAUGCUCAUUUUUUCUUUUGCCUUUAAAAAAAUCUGGAAAAAUACACCAAAAUUAAUACGGCUACCCCACAGGGGCAAAUGGUCAUGUGACAGACUUUGUCCUUUACGUGAUUUUAUAAUUGUUGGAAUUAUUAUUUUUUUUUUUUGUAAUAGAAAAUUAGAUUUAAGCAUUAUAGCACUGUUUUCCUGUUUGUCUUCCUGAUCAUAGGAAGAAAUGAAGACUAGGUUAAGCUAGAUUUAAGGUCAAGACUGGCAGCAAGCCAGGACUGGAAUCCUGGUUUUCAGAGUAGAAUCUCUUCUAUGUCAAUUAUGUGGAAGGGGGAAGUUGGCAGAAAGGGGAACAAACCCCUACAAGGCUACUACAAAGAGCCCAGGAGAUAAGUGGUAACUUAAUUAAAAACAGUGUAAUAAGAUCGGAUGUAUAGCUUGCUCCUAGAAGCAUCUCAGCAUUUUUCCUCCACAGCUCUUCCACAGGAGACCCCCAGGACAGGGGCACUCCUUGACCAUUUGAGACUGAAAAACAUAGCAGGACUGUGUUUUAUCUGCAUAUCACUUCUUCUAGAUUUGGAAUUCCCGAGGCAGAAGUUCCAAGCAGGUCAAUGCCUCCUUAGUUGAUUUUUGGGUACCCCAUCAUGUCCAUUCUCAUUUAAACUCAAUUUUCAUUUAAAUAUAAAUUUGAAAAAUUAAGCUGAACACAAUUUUGUUUCCAGUUUCUAUUCAGAAAGUCUGGAUCCUUCUGGAGAUAAGUAUAGAUAGAUGUCCCAGAGCAGCAAUUUUUAAGAUUUUUUCCACCAUCUUUUUCUGGGACUCAGUUGGGAAGUGGGGGAAAAGGAAAGCUGGAUCAUUUGGUCGAAAGGUUCACAAGCUUGAGGAGGGCUCAUAGUCUGUUUUCACUGGAAAAUCUGUGCCGAGAAGCAUAUGAGUCAGAAAUGUUUUAGGCUUGUAGAUUCUCUGUGUCAUUUCUUCAGUAAUGGUGACCACAGUUACAGAGGUCAUUCCAAGUCACUCAUUUACUCAUUCACUCAUAGCAGUGAUAAUCUUUUGUGAAUUAUUGUUCGAAUUCCUUCAGCUUACGGUGCAACUCUCCUUUUUCUGAGAAAGCAGUGGGGUUUUUUUUUUUGUUGUUGUUUUUGUUUUUAAUGAUUAUUUAAGCUAUUCCCUUGUGGUGGCAGUGAGACAUCUGUUUAAAUGUGCACAUUAUUUUAAUGUGAUUGUUUUGUAGGUGGGUCACCUUUGGAAAGUAUUUCAUUAUGGUUUUAUAUUCUAUACUUGUAACCUGUUCAUGAUACGUUGAUAUGUCUUUUGUAAUUUCUAUAUUUUGUGUUUGUACUCUUUCAUUCAUGUAAAACUAGUUCAUGUAAAAUAGAAAGGGUUUCUACAACCAA